AAAAAUAAAAAUAAAAAGCUGCAGCAAAUAAAGAAACCGGGACGCACUCAACACUCAACAGUCAAAACUCUAUCUCUACAUUUUUUCCUUCCCUCUCUUUCUCUCUCUCGACUCCCGGCGGUAUCACCACCACCCCCACCACGGCAGAUGGCGGAGCAACACAGCUGCUGCUCAUGCUGCUUCAGCUUCAUAAUAACCAUGGGCCUCACCGCCCUCUUCUUCUGGCUCUCCCUCCGUGUUGACCAACCAAAAUUCUAUCUCGAGUCAAUUUACGUUCCUGCCCUCAACAGAUCCCUUCCGUCAACAACAAAAAACGACACCGUUUUAUUCAAAAUAAAGUUCACGAACCCUAACAAAGACAAAGGGAUCAAAUACGACGCCGUUCGGGUCAACAUCUCCGUCUUCCUCUCCCAAAAUACCACGCGCCUACUCUCCAACUCCACCGCCGUCGCUCCUUUCUACCAGGGCCGCCAGAAGAAGGCGCAUAAGCCUAGCUCUGCCUCCUUCGUCGGAAACCUUACGCCGGCGGCGGGGAUGGACGGGAAGGUGUAUUUCCGGGUGGAUUUUGCGACCGCGGUGAAGUACAAGAUCUUGUUUUGGUACACGAAGCGACACGGUAUGUGGGGAGGGGCAAAUGUGGAAAUUAACAAUGGGGGUGUGAAGGUGUAUCCGAAACCGGUGAGGCUUGGCAACGAGCCACCGAGGAUCGUGAACGGCGCACCGGAGUUCCGUGGAGGCUAUCGUGCGCUUCUUCCGCUAUUCCUAGUUGCGUGGAUAAUGCGCACUCAUUGACUUGACUUGACUUGACUUCACUUCACUUCACUAGUCUGUAUUUUUAUUGGAGGAAUUAUUUAAAUUAAUUUAAUUUAGUUAUUUAUUUAUUUAUUUUUAAAAAGCAGUGAAACACUGAAACUUAAAGUUCACUGCCAUUUUUUCCCCUCACGUAGACUCUAUUGUUUUAUUCAAGUUUCAGAAAAUCGGACCGGUCAUCAAACCGUUCUAGUCACUGGUUUAUUGGUUUAUUGGUCUAACCGGUUCAACCGAUGGUUCAACCGAAAAAACCGUUUUAGAGUAGAAUAGUAAAUAAAUUAUAAAUACACAUCCUAAAAUAUAAUUAUAGUCUGAUACAAAUCUUAAAAUAUCUUUGAAA